AUGCCCCCCAACUUAAAAGACGUGCUCAUCAUUGGCGGCGGCCCGAGCGGCCUCGCAGCCGCAACCUCCCUGGCGCGACAGCUCUACACGGCCGUCGUCUUCGACUCGGGCGUCUACCGCAACGCCCGCACCCGGCACAUGCACAACGUCCCGACUUGGGACCACCGCGACCCGGGCGAGUUCCGGGCCAAGGCGCGCGCCGACCUCCUGGCGCGCUACCACACCAUCCACUUCGAGGACACGGCGGUCGAGUCCGUCCGCCGCACCGAGGACGGCCGCUUCGAGGCCACCGACGCGAAGGGCACCACCUGGACCGGCAAGAAAGUCGUGCUCGCGUCCGGCGUGCGAGAUAUCUACCCGGACGUCCCCGGGUAUGACGACGUCUGGGGCCGCGGGGUGUACCACUGCCUGUUCUGCGACGGGUAUGAGGACCGGGGCGCCGCGUCUGCGGGCGUGCUGGCUAUUGGCGACCUUGGGCCCGCCAGCCCUGCAUCAUUUCCUGCCGCGGCGGCCCUUGCAUUUCCCGCGCUCCACGUGGCGCGCAUGGCGAAGCGGCUGGCGAAGAAAGUCGUCGUCUACACGAACGGCGCGCCCGAGUUCGCCAAGGAGAUUGCCGCGGCGCUGGGCUCGGAUCCCGUCAUUGUUGUCGACGACCGCCGGGUGACGCGGCUUCAGAAGGCGAACGAGGAGUCCUCCGAGGUGAUUGUCCAUUUGGAAGACGGGACCACGGUGUCGCAUGGUUUUAUGGCACACAAACCAAAGACCCAGGUUAAUGGACCAUUCGCCGAGCAGCUUGGGGUGGAGUUCACUGAGAUGGGCUUCAUUAAGACGACUCCGCCUUUCUACGAGACAAUUGUCCCGGGCGUGUUUGCCAUUGGGGACUGCGCAACCGCAAUGCCGGCCGUCGUGAACGCCUUGGGAAUGGGUGCGUUUGCAGCGGGCGGAAUCGCUUCUCAGCUGGGAAAGGAGCCAGUCGAGUAA